AUGUGCACUCGAUUUCACAAGGCUAAACCCUUCUUUGCUGCAGUUUUUCUGCAGUUUGGUUUUGCAGGAAUGGAUAUCCUCUCUAAAGCAGCAUUAAAUAAAGGAAUGAGUAACUAUGUAUUUGUCGUCUAUCGCCAUGCCAUAGCCACAAUUGUCAUGGCCCCUUUUGCACUCAUUCUGGACAAGAACAUAAGGCCUAAGAUGACUUUUUCGAUACUUGGCAAGAUAAUGCUUCUCGCCUUAUUGGAGCCGGUUAUAGACCAAAACCUGUACUUUCUUGGGAUGAAAUACACAACAGCAACAUUUGCAGCUGCUAUGUGCAACGUUCUUCCUGCCGUUACAUUAGUCAUGGCUUGCAUCUUCAGGCUCGAGAAAUUUAAGGUAAGGAGCAUCCAUAGCCAAGCUAAGUUAGCUGGCACUGUAGCAACUGUGGCAGGAGCCAUGCUUAUGACCCUAUUAAAAGGUCCACUUAUAGAGCUGCUAUGGACGAAAGGAAGCAGCAGCGACGAACGACAAAGAGUUGAAAUGAAUCUUCGACAUUCAAUCAAGGGUUCCCUAAUGAUCACAAUCGGAUGUUUCAGCUGGGCUUGCUUCAUGAAUUUGCAGGCUAUCACAUUAAGAACAUAUCCUGCUGAGCUUUCUCUCUCAGCUUGGAUAUGCCUGUUGGGAACAGCCCAGGGAGGGAUAGUGGCACUGGUAAUGGAGAGGGGGAAAGCUGUGGUCUGGUCUAUAAACUGGGACACCAAAUUUCUUGCAGUUGCCUACACUGGCAUAUUUUGUUCAGGAAUUACUUAUUACAUCCAAGGAAUGGUAAUGAAAGAGAGAGGCCCAGUUUUUGUAACUGCAUUCAGCCCAUUGAGCAUGAUUAUCGUUGCUGUAUUAAGCUCCUUCAUUUUUGCCGAGCAAAUGUUUUUAGGAAGGGUUGUUGGAGCCAUUGUAAUAGUUUUGGGCCUUUAUCUUGUUAUUUGGGGUAAGAAGAAAGAUUACAAGUCCCCAGAGAUUGAAGAAGAAGCAAUACAAGUGAAGCAAAUGACAGAAAUGGACAGCAAUGGCAAUAAACAACACACAAACUAUGAGAGCAUUAACAUCAAUGUGUCCAGAGAAGGAGCUGUCUCUGGAGAUAAACAGCUUUGUGAUAAAAUGUGA